AAUCACUGUGUUUCAAAACAAGCUUUCUCUCUCUCACCCACCAAUAGCGAAAAAUAAAAUCUUUCAUCUUCUUUCACUUUUUUUGAUUCAAUACUCGUGUUAAAUCUCAGAAGUUUUAUUUCUAGAGCAAUCUCUUCUCAACAAACUCAGAAACUUUCCUUAAUUCACAAGUUCUUAUUCAUUUUAAAUUCCUUUUUUUUUUUUUUCAUUUUGAUGCGAAGAUAGAGAAAAAUGGAUGAAUAUAUGGAUCUUCGACCACUUAAGUACACAGAGCACAAAACAUCAAUCACUAAAUACACCAACAAUACUUCACCGUUAAAAAACAUCUCCGGCGAAACUCGACCAGGCUCAGUGAGACUCGUUAGUGUAUUUGUGACCGAUCCUUAUGCAACCGAUUCAUCAAGUGACGAAGAAGAAGACUUCCUCUUCCCUCACCGGCGAGUCAAGAGAUUCGUUAACGAGAUCAAAGUUGAGCCAGGCUGUAACAACGUCAAUACCACCAGAGUUUCUAUGAAGGAAAGGAUAAGACUCUCCGUUGAGACUCAGUCUCCGGCGGCUUCAAAUCGUAACCGUUCUCUCAAAGUCUCAAUCCCCUCCGCCCAAAAUGGGAGGAAGUUCCGCGGUGUUAGACAACGGCCAUGGGGGAAAUGGGCGGCUGAGAUUCGAGAUCCGGAGCAGCGUCGGAGGAUUUGGCUUGGUACUUUCGAGACGGCGGAGGAAGCUGCUGUGGUUUAUGAUAACGCUGCUAUUAGACUCCGUGGACCGGACGCGUUAACCAACUUCUCUGUACGGCCUCAGUCUCAAGAAGAAGGAGAAGAACUGGAACAACCGGUUAUUGAUAAACCAGAAAGCAUCAUUACAACGACAACAACAACAUCGAGUUCUGAAUCAACAGAAGAUUUUCAACAUAUUUCAUCUCCGACAUCGGUUCUCAUUAUCCAAGCAUCCGAAGAAAUGCAACAAAUACAGCAGCCGUUUAAACCAGCUAAACCGGAACCAGAGAGUUCAGAUGCACCAUGGUGGCAUACCGGUUCAAGUGAAUCCGAUGAUUCGUUUCCAUUGGAUACCCCAUUUCUAGACAACUAUUUCAACGAAUCUCCACCGGAUAUUUCAAUAUUCGAUCAACCAAUGGGUCAAGUAUUUUCAGGAAAUGAUGAUAUCUUUGGUGAUAUGUUCUUGGGUGGUCAAAGUAUUAUGAACAUUGAAGAUGAGUUUACAUCGUCCAGUAUCAAAGAUAUCGGUUCAAUGUUCAGUGACUUUGAUGAUUCUUUGAUAUCAGAACUAUUAGUGGUUUAAUAUCAUGAGUGACGAGAAGCUAAGAAGAAACAAACCACCAGCAAAUAUCUAUGGUGCUACUGAGAAAUUUUGAUGUUUUUAAUUAUUUAAUGAGCUUUUAUAGAUUUAACAAUUUAGUUUUGUCAGGAGACUGUAAAACAGUUUUGGAGAAAUAGUGGCAAAUUGUUAAUGCAUUUGUUCUUAUUUAUUAA